UUCCCCAGCUAGAACUCAGCGAUGUCUAUAAUCCUCAUACCAAUUAUAUUAUCCUUCUUUCCCAUAUUUCUUGAAGCGCAGAGUGGGUAUCUUCCUGAAGAUGAAAUCGAUGCACUUAGGGAAAUAGCUAAAGAACUGGGCAAGGAGGAUUGGAAUUUUAGUCUAAAUCCUUGUGACAACAACUCAAAUUGGAUGACACCAUAUAGGGAAGAUAUGCCUCUGUACAAUAAUUCCCUCACUUGUGAUUGUAGUUUCCCUGCUGGUAUUUGCCAUGUGCAAAGCAUACUUUUAAGGGGACAGGAUCUGCAAGGUGUCCUUCCUCCUUCCUUGGCGAACUUAACCUUUAUCAAGAUAAUUGAUCUCGCCCGCAACUAUUUAAGUGGUACAAUUCCCCUUGAAUGGGCUUCUACCAAAUUGGUAGCUAUCAUUGUUGGUGUGAAUCGAUUGUCGGGGCCAAUUCCAACAUACUUGGGAAAUAUAACAACUCUUCAACAAUUAAGCUUGGAAAACAAUAUGUUCAAUGGAACCGUUCCACUAGAGCUUGGGAAUCUUACCAACUUACAGAAUCUCAUUCUUAGUGGUAAUUAUCUCACGGGUGAAUUGCCAAAACAAGUACUUACUAAUCUCACAAAUUUGAAAGAUCUCAGGCUGAACAGUAAUAACUUCACUGGGAAACUGCCUAGCUUUCGAUCUUUAACAAACCUUCAACGACUAGAGCUUCAAGCAAGUGGUUUUGAAGGACCCAUACCUGAAAACGAAUUUAUACCGUCAGGCUUGACAGAACUUAGAAUCAGUGACCUAAAUGGAGGUGUCUCGAGUUUUCCUACAAUAAAUAACAUGAUAAACAUUAGAAAGUUGAUGUUGAGUAGGUGCAACAUUUCUGGGAAUUUACCUGAUUUGCGUGCUAUGGCAAACUUGCAAAUAUUAGAUUUGAGCUUUAAUCAUCUCGAAGGAGGGAUUAGUGGUCUUCAAGGUCUUCAAAGUCUUCAAGGGCUUCCUAACAACGUGAAGUUUUUGUUUCUAACGAACAACAACCUUACUGGGAAAAUACCUCCAUGGGUUCUAAAUCAAACUUCCACAUUGUGGUCAGAAAAUCAAAGAUUUUCAGCAGUGAACAUAGAUCUUUCCUACAAUAAUUUUGAUGAAAGCUCAAUGCCACCAAAUUGUCGGGAAAACAUAAACUUGUUCAAAAGCUACAAGGGAGGAGAAAGUUCAGAUGCUGCAAAGUGUUUUCAGCAAUGUUCGAAGGAUUGGUAUUCAUUUCACAUCAAUUGUGGUGGGGGCAAUGUUUUGAUUGGUGACACUACAUAUGACGCAGAUGUAGAUAGCACAAGCUUCGCAACAUUUGUUCCCACUAGAGAGAACUGGGUAACCAGUCGUACAGGGAUUUUUUGGGAUAAAAAUAUAUCACUAAAUGACUAUACAACAACAAAUAUAUCAGUCGUCAAUGGAAAAGACGUUUCUGAAAUCUACAAGACUGCUCGUUUGUCUCCUUUAUCUCUAACGUAUUAUGGGCGCUGUUUGGCAAAUGGAAACUAUACUGUAAAACUUCAUUUUGCAGAGAUAGUAAUUAGAGAUAAUAGAUCUUUUCAAAGUCUUGGAAGACGCAUAUUUAAUGUUUAUAUACAGGGUGAAGUGAAACUAAAGGAUUUUGAAAUUAAAAGCGAAGCACAAGGAGUUGAUAAAGCCUUGGUUAAAGAAUUCCAAACAAUUGUGAGAGAUAAAACUCUAGAGGUGUGUUUUGAGUAUGCGGGGAAAGGAACAACAGCAGCCCCAAGUAGAGGAACAUAUGGACCUUUAAUCUCUGCCAUUUCUGUGGAAUUUGCUAAUUCUGUAGAUUCCAAGCCUCCCAAAAAGCGAAAGACUUCAAUCAUAGUUGGUUCAGUAAUUUUUUCUUUGAUUCUUACUUCCACAUUUCUCUAUUUUGCUUGGUGGAAGAUCUUGAUAAGAAACAUGACCUCAACUAGAAAGGAACUACGAGAUCUUGAUCUACGAACAGGACUGUUUUCCUUCACACAAAUUAAAGCCGCUACAAAUAAUUUUGAUGCUGCAAAUAAGAUUGGGGAAGGUGGCUUUGGGCUUGUCUACAAGGGUACAUUAUUGGAUGGUACAGUUAUUGCUGUAAAAAAACUCUCAUCCAAAUCAAGUCAAGGAAAUCGCGAAUUUUUAAAUGAAAUAGGCAUGAUUUCUUGUUUGCAACAUCCUAAUCUUGUGAAACUUUAUGGGUCUUGUGUUGAGGGAAAGCAAUUGUUGCUGGUGUACGAGUACUUGGAAAACAAUAGCCUUGCCCAUGCUCUUUUCGGUUCAGAAGAGUGUCAACUGAAAAUAGACUGGUCUUUUCGACAAAGAAUUUGUCUCGGUAUUGCAAAAGGUUUAGCUUUUCUGCAUGAAGAAUCAGCAAUAAAGAUUGUUCAUAGAGAUAUAAAAGCCACCAAUGUGCUUCUUGACAAAGAACUCAAUCCAAAAAUUUCUGAUUUUGGCCUUGCUAAACUUAACGAUGAUGGAAAUACACAUAUUAGCACAAGAGUUGCAGGGACAAUAGGAUACAUGGCUCAUGAAUAUGCAAUGUGGGGUUACUUAACAUACAAAGCAGAUGUCUAUAGUUUCGGUGUAGUGGCACUAGAAAUUGUUGCAGGGAAGAGCAACAUGAAGUAUCAUCCUGAAGAGAAAUUUAUUUGCAUCCUUGAUUGGGCACUUGAUCUUCAAAAAAAGGGGAACCUAAUGGAGCUAAUUGAUCCAAAAUUGGGUUCUGAUUUUGACAAAGAAGAGGCACUCAGAAUGAUCAAAGUGGCUUUGCUUUGUACUAAUCCUUCGCCAGUGCUAAGGCCAUCCAUGUCUGCAGUAGUAAGUAUGCUUGAAGACCAUGAUGAUAUUUUUGAGUACAAAUCCGAUCUACAUGAAUUCAACUUUCAAGCAAUGAGAAAUCAUUAUGAUGAAAUUCUAGUCAAUUCAAGCGAUUCUCCAAACAACUCAGAGUGCACAUAUCUAAAUAUGGAAUUACAGUAGUCCGUGGUGUUAUAAAAUAUUGGUUUUUGGUGUAAGAAAACUCAAGGAAAAACAAGAUUCAAUAAUUUUGUGUAUCAAAUACACUUUCAACAAGUUUUAAAUCAUUUUGUAUGAGCAAUUUGGGUCUUAGU